AUGACUCACAAAUACCCAGAUAAAGAACUCUCACAAAUCAUCAAAGAACUCCAAGAAGACAUUCCCAGCUUUCUCGAGAGUCCAAAAUUCACACGCAAUGAAAUUGAAUUCAUACACGCCAUGAAUGGAGUUGUUAAUCACGGAGAAGAAUACUUUGAAAGCCCACCUACGAAAUCGGUGCCGUAUCCGCAAGCUCCGAGGGGAGGUGCUGCUGUCAAAGUAGUUUUGUUUGUAACGGGAUUCUUGAUCUUGGUGAUUUGGUUGGCGUUGGCUUCGUUUUGCUUGUUGGUUUAUGGGGCUGUUGGUGAUGUUGGGGCAGGAGAGGGAGGAGGGGAUUUUUGGGGAUUUUUUCAGCGCUUGGAGGAAUGGUUGUAG